GGAACAAUCUGUUCGUCACUCUCCGUCUUUCCCUCAAUGGAGGCCAUCAGAGAAAAGGGCCAGGUGUGAUGCUCCAAGGCAGGCCACCUUUAACAAGUGGAAGACAACCUCUCUGCCUCCCAGAACAGCCCACAGGUCUGUCCCUAGGAACUGUGGGGAAGGGAGAAUUUAUGAAAACAGAGGGAAUGAAAGAGCCUCCCAGUGACCGAGACGGGGCAGGCAAUGCUCAUUUGGACCGGCUCAGUGAUGCUUACAGAGUGGACGCGGAGAUCAAUGGGACACACGAAAACACAGAUAUGGGGAAAAGCCACGGUUCCGACGGGCGAUCGCGGCUCACGGAAAACGGGGUGAUUGAGAUCGAUCCCCCUCACGGUUCUGUCAUGGGGAGUAACGGCUACGUUCUCAGCAAACCACAGCAAGACACAGCGGCUGCCCAGCACAGGACUAACUGGUCACCCACGGGUACCACUACCGCUGGACACGCCGCCAAAACACUUCCAUCGGCAGCUUUGCGUGCCUGCACACUGGGCACCCAAAAGACUGAUACCAGUGUGCUUCCUGCUUUGGGAGAGGGGAAGAUCGACACAGAGACUAAAAACGGCACAAGCCUCAGUACCCCUUCUCCACCCGUUAUACACCGAGCACGCAAAACUAUGUCACGGCCAGCCUCCAACCAGACACUAAAGAUUCUAAAUAGGGAAGUAAAAGAGCCAAACAUAGUGAAAGAUGAGAGUCCGGAUACUCCAGAGGCAACGAAGCCUCAGCAGACAUCACCCUCCCAGAACCAACUACCUCAGAGCCAAAUCAACGCAACGACCAUGCCGACUGCUACACUUGCCAAGCCACAAACAGUAGUAGUUGUGUCAAAAAAGAAGAAAAGGAAGAUGGGAACGUACAGCUUUGUUCCGAAAAAGAAAACCAAAGUUCUGAAACAGCGGACCAUGCUAGAGAUGUUCUCUCAUCUCUCUCAGUCCCCACCUAAUCCACAGCAGAAAGAUGUUGUUCAUGUGAAUGGAGAAAGGGUGGAGAACGACUCUGUGGAGGAAGAAUCCGAGGAAGAGGAGGAGUCUGAGGAGGAGGAAGAUCUAGUUGGAGAAGAGGCACGCAACGCCACCAUGGAAGAGAGUCUGACAAAGCCUCCACCUCAGGUGCCCCACGAGGAGCCGGAAACUGAGGAGUCUGGGGAAGAUGAAGGCGAAGGGGAAGAGGAGGGAAAUGACUCUGACUUGAGCAUCGGGUCCAGCUUGAAGAAGAAGUUGAAAAAGAAGGGCAAAGGAGACAACCCUUGGCUUCGACCUUCUAGGAAACGCAAACGUAAGAUGAAGAUGAAGACGGAGGAAGUACCUGGUACAGAACCCCAGACACACAAUCCAAUCCCAAGUCCCAGUCACACAAUCCAGUCCCAAGUUUCAGCUGAGGUCAGUAAGGAAUACACAGAGGUUCCCCUGGACUCCCUUAACCUGAAGGCUCAGGAGGAGCUGCUGACAUCUCAGAGCAAAGGCAUGACCAGUGGUCUUAAGGAGAUGGAGACCGAUAUGGUACAGGAACUCCCAUUAUGUAGCUGCCGCAUGGAGACGCCGAAGAGCCGUGAAAUCCUCACUCUUGCAGAUAGGAAAUGCAUGGCCACAGAGAGUGUAGACGGACAGUUGACCAGGUGUCAGAGCGCCGUAUUAAAACACGAGAUGAUGCGGCCGUCCAACACCGUUCAACUGCUGGUUCUGUGCGAGGACCAUCGGGCUGGCAUGGUGAAGCAUCAGUGCUGCCCUGGCUGUGGUUUCUUCUGUAGGGCGGGGACCUUCAUGGAGUGUCAGCCAGACAGCAAUAUCUCUCAUCGGUUCCACCGAGCUUGUGCAUCCAUGCUUAAGGGCCAGAGCUUCUGCCCGCAUUGCGGGGAGGAGGCCAGCAAAGCCAAGGAAGUGACCAUCGCCAAGGCUGACACCACCUCCACUGUGCCCCCUACCCAGGCCCCCGCCACCCCAAGCACCUCUGAGGGUAGAGCAGAUACCACCACUGGAGGGUCAUCUCGCUUAUCCGUGUCCAGUGAGGGCAGAGCAGACAGCACGCUGCCCAAACCUGCGGAGGUGGCAACCACGUCUCAAGCCCUGGUGGCUCCCAAACCAGGAGCCCCAGCAGUGGCUGGCAUGCCUGUCCUGCCUGUCCUGCCUGCCCUGGGACCACCUAAAGAGACUUUGGAGAGCAUCCUGCUGGCACUGGACACAGAGAAACCCAAGAAACUGCGGUUUCAUCCAAAGCAGCUGUACAUUUCUGCCAAACAAGGGGAGCUGCAGAAAGUCUUGCUCAUGUUGGUUGAUGGCAUUGACCCAAACUUUAAGAUGGAGAACCAGACCAAGCGAACGCCCCUCCAUGUGGCAGCCGAGGCCGGACACGAGGAAGUCUGCCACAUGCUGGUCCAGGCGGGCGCUAACCUCAACAUGUGUGAUGACGACCAACGGACCCCUCUGAUGGAAGCCUGUGAGAAUAAUCACAUGGACACUGUGCGCUAUCUCUUGAAGGCAGGGGCUAGCGUAACACAUAAGGAUGCGGAGGGUUCUACGUGUCUCCACCUGGCUGCUAAACUUGGGCAUUUUGAGAUUGUGCAGCACUUGCUGAGCACUGGUCUAAUUGACAUCAACUGUCAGGAUGAUGGAGGCUGGACAGCGAUGAUUUGGGCCACGGAGUACAGGCAUGUGGAGCUGGUCAAGCUGCUACUCUCCAAAGGAGCGGACAUCAACAUCAGAGACAAGGAGGAGAAUAUCUGUUUGCACUGGGCAGCGUUCUCUGGCUGUGUGGAGAUUGCCGAGAUCUUUCUGGAGGGGCGCUGUGACCUGCAAGCAGUCAACAUCCACGGAGACUCGCCAGUACACAUCGCUUCUCGGGAGAACCGUCUCGACUGUGUCACAAUGUUCUUGUCCCGGGGGGCAGACGUGAGUUUGAAGAACCGUGAGGGGGAGACGCCGCUGGAGUGCUGCAGCCACAACUCCAAGGUGUGGAGCACGCUGCAGAACAGCCGCCGGCUGAAGGAGAGCCAGGGCGGCCGGGCCACGCCUGCAGAGAAGCUCCUCAACAGGGAUAUAGCACGAGGUUAUGAGGCUGUACCUGUUCCGUGUGUCAACGCUGUCGACAGUGAGCCCUGCCCUGACAACUACAAAUACAUCCCUGACAACUGUGUUACAUCCCCAAUGAACAUAGACAAAAACAUUACACACUUACAGUAUUGUGUGUGCAAAGAUGACUGUUCCUCAACCAACUGUAUGUGUGGGCAACUCAGUCUGCGCUGUUGGUAUGACAAGGAGGGCCAUUUACUGCCAGAGUUCUGCACGGAGGAGCCGCCACUCAUCUUUGAGUGCAACCACGCCUGCUCGUGCUGGAGAACAUGCAAGAACCGCGUCGUGCAAAAUGGACUACGGUUACGCCUGCAGCUGUUCAGGACCAGUUUAAUGGGCUGGGGGGUAAGGACGCUGCAAGACAUCCCCCAGGGCACAUUUGUCUGCGAAUAUGUUGGGGAAAUCAUUUCAGACGCAGAGGCUGAUGUGAGGGAAAACGACUCCUACUUGUUCAGCUUGGACAACAAGGUAGGGGAUGUGUACUGUAUAGAUGCCCGUUUCUACGGCAACAUCAGCCGCUUCAUCAAUCACUUGUGUGAGCCGAACCUGUUCCCGUGCCGUGUGUUCACCUCACACCAGGACCUGCGCUUCCCCCGUGUGGCUUUCUUUGCCAGCAAGAACAUCAGGGCUGGCGAAGAGCUGGGCUUUGACUAUGGUGAGCACUUCUGGGACAUCAAGGGCAAGGACUUCAGUUGUCAGUGCGGCUCCACCAAAUGCAAGUACUCUGCAGUGGCCAUGGCCCAGCGGCAGGCGGAUCAGCAGCCCAGUGCCCUGCCCGACACCAGCUCCUCCACCACCCCCUCCAGCCCCUCCUGAUCCUCCCCACGCACAGAGUGCUCCCUGUUGGGGCACACAUCGCCAUCACUGCCCCCCCUUUCACCUCCCUCCCUCCACCCUGCCCCAUCCACUCCACCCUAGCACCACCCUCUCUACCAGCCAAACUCCACUGACUUGCUCA